CGCUUAGCAAUAGCGGAAAAAGCCCUGAAGUGUGAAGAGCACGAUGUAAACCUGCCGCUGAGCGAGCACAACGAGCCGUGGUUCAUGCGCUUGAAUUCCUCUGGAGAAGUACCCGUCCUGAUCCAUGGAGAAAACAUCAUUUGUGAGGCCACGCAGAUUAUUGACUACCUUGAAGCGACAUUUGUCGAUGAGGAAGUGCCAAGAUUAAUGCCAGAAGAAGGGAGCAUGUAUUACCCAAGGGUGCAACACUACAGAGAGCUUUUAGACUCCUUGCCUAUGGAUGCCUACACGCACGGCUGCAUCUUGCACCCCGAGUUAACGGUGGACUCCAUGAUUCCAGCCUAUGCUACCAGCAGAAUUCGUAGCCAAAUAAGUAACACAGAAUCAGAGUUGAAGAAACUUGCGGAAGAAAAUCCAGACCUUCAAGAUGCCUAUAUAGCAAAACAGAAGCGCCUUAAAUCUAAACUGCUGGAUCAUGAUAAUAUAAAAUACCUAAAGAAAAUACUGGAUGAACUGGAAAAGGUUUUGGAUCAGGUUGAGACUGAAUUGCAGCGGCGAAAUGAGGAAACGCCAGAAGAUGAAAAUCAGCCUUGGCUUUGUGGAGAUUUCUUUAGUCUGGCAGAUGUAUCACUUGCCGUCACAUUACAUCGCCUGAAGUUUCUGGGAUUAGCAAGAAGAAACUGGGGAAAUGGAAAGCGGCCCAACUUGGAAGCCUAUUAUGAGCGUGUCCUGAAGAGAAAAGCAUUUUACAAAGUUUUAGGACACGUCAACAAUAUAUUAAUCUCGGCCGUUCUACCAACAGCAUUCCGUGUGGCCAAGAAAAGGGUUCCCAGAGUUCUCGGCACCACCCUGCUGGUCAGCAUGCUGGCGGGAAUGGGUUAUCUCGCUUUCCUGUGUCUUCGGAAGAGGUUUGCCAACAUGCUGUUAUCGAUUAGAACCAGGCAAAAUUAUUUUUAGACCUGUCUGUCCCUGAUGGUGAGUGGAGGGCAUCUCUAGCCCCCAGGAAAAUAUCCCCAGUAAAAUAUAAAAGUAGAAGAAAGGUUAUGUCUGUGAAUUAGAACACUGUCACACAGUAAUCGUCUCCUGCUGUUGUAUAAUUGGAUCGGCAAUGCCCAAAUAUUUAUGGAAAAUAUAUGUCAGGGGGACAACAAAGGAAAGAAGAGACUUUCUUUUCAGAUGAAGACCUAUGAGAUCUGUGACAGUGCUUUGUUAAAGUGGUUAUUGUCUCCUUUACCCAGUAGCUGACCUAAUUACGAUGCUUUUAUUAAAUAGAUAUGCAGCAAUGUGACAGCUCUUCACUGUGGGUGAAAUGCGUUACUGUGCAGAAACCAGCAUUGUUAAAAUCCUGAAAAUAGCACUUACUUCAAA